AUGGGGUUGCAAACAAAAGCAUUUGCCAGUUUUCUUCACUCUCUUUGCAACAAAGAAUUGCAGCCACAGCAUUUUUUUACUGACAAAGAUUUUGCUCAGAUUAGUGCUACAAAGGAAUACAUAGAAAAGGCAAUUAAAGAAAAAAUUAAGAGUUGUAAAAAAAUAAAACAGACCCAAUAUCAACCUAAUGAUGCAAUUGAAGAGUUUAGUUUUAUUGAUCCUGACUUCAAGCCUGAUUUAACCCGAACUAACCCUGAGUACUAUAUUAUAUAUAAUCCAGAAUUAGCUAACACUAAUAAUUUGAUCGAAAUUGAUGAAGUAUUUGAUUUAGAAAUGCGUCAAAUCUGCAGAGAAAAGGUUACAGCCAUAAGAUAUAUAGCAGAUCAUUUGGAACAAGAACUUUUGGCGACUAAUCUCAAUUACAUUUCUUGGGUG